CCGCCGCCCCCAUGGCGAAGGAGAGGAGCAGGAAGGCGCUGGUGGAGCUGCUCCAGCGGCCGGGGAAUGCGGCGUGCGCCGACUGCGCCGCCCCGGACCCCGACUGGGCAUCCCACAGCCUCGGGAUCUUCAUCUGCUUGAACUGUUCAGGAAUCCACCGCAGCAUUCCCCAGGUCAGCAAGGUGAAGUCGGUGCGCCUGGAUGACUGGGAUGAUGCCCAGGUGGAGUUUAUGGCCUCAAAUGGAAACAACGUAGCAAAAGCAAAAUAUGAAUCUAAAAUGCCACCGUUUUAUUACAAACCAACGUAUCUUGACUGCCAACUGCUGCGGGAACAGUGGAUCAGAGCCAAAUACGAACGAAAAGAGUUCAUCCACAGUGAGAAGCAGGAGCCUUAUUCUGCAGGGUACCGAGAAGGAUUUCUGUGGAAGAGAGGACGUGACAAUGGGCAAUUCUUAAGCCGAAAAUUUGUGUUGUCAGAGAGGGAAGGUGCUCUGAAGUACUUCAACAAAAACGAUGCAAAAGAACCCAAAGCAAUUAUGAAGAUCGAACACCUAAAUGCGACUUUCCAGCCUGCAAAAAUCGGGAACCCCCACGGACUGCAGAUCACUUACUUGAAGGACAAUAGCACAAGGAACAUCUUUGUCUAUCAUGAAGAUGGCAAGGAAAUCGUGGAUUGGUUCAACGCCAUCCGGGCAGCACGUUUCCAUUACCUACAAGUGGCAUUCCCUGGAGCCAGUGACUCUGAUCUGGUGCCAAAGCUUUCUAGAAACUACCUGAAGGAAGGAUACAUGGAGAAAACGGGGCCAAAGCAAACAGAGGGAUUCAAGAAGCGAUGGUUCACCAUGGAUGACCGACGGCUCAUGUAUUUCAAAGAUCCCCUGGAUGCCUUUGCGAGAGGGGAGGUUUUUAUUGGGAGCAAGGAAAACAGCUACAAGGUGCUGGAAGGGCUCCCACCAUCCACGCAGGGGAACCACUGGCAGCACGGGAUAACCAUCGUCACCCCGGACCGGAAAUUCCUCUUUGCCUGUGAGACAGAGGAUGACCAGCUGGAGUGGAUCACCACCUUUCAGAAAGUCAUCAGCCGGCCCAUGCUGCCUCAGGAAUACGCAGUGGAAGCCCAUUUCAAACAUAAACCUUAGCUGGGACUGGCUGGGCAGACCUGAGGAGGGAGCUUCUGUUUACAACACAACAUGGUUUUAUUUGAAAUGUUAAAAAUAAUUCAUAAUAACAGUAAUAAUAAUAACAAUAAUAAUACUUCCCUUUCCCCUCAUCAUUCACUUGAUCAUGUCGGAAGGGCGGCAGUGGAAUGUCAGAGAAGAUCCUGGUCCAACUUGAACUUCAUCUCUGUGGCUGCUCUGUGGGAUGGGACAGGUGGUCCUGCCACCCCAUCACCCCACACCUGCUGGGAGGGGUGCCCCACCCAGCUUCACCAGGAUGGCAGAGACUGUUGGUGGCACAUCCCAGGGGCAGCUGGGACUUUUCCCCAUAUUCAGGUCCCUGGCUGCUGGAGCUGAGCAUCCCCACACUCAGAUGGCUGCCAGCCCUUUCCAGGGGGGCUGCAAGUCCCCAGGAGGUGACAUCCCUGUGGGAUGGGAAACAGCCUGGAAACACAGGACGUGGUGCUGUGCAAAACAGCUGAGCCUGCCGGGGUAAAUGAUAAGUAAAUUAUCCCCUGGGGACUGGUGGUGAUGCUGUACCUGGAGAGGGUCAAAUAGGAUUUAGAAGUAGAGGAAAAGGGCAUCAUCAGCCUGGUUAUGUUAACAAAGGGCAGGGAGGGGGGGCUGCAAGGGAGACACCAAUCCGUGAGGUGAUGCUGGAGGAGCAGAGCUUUGGGGGCCAGGCCUGUGUUUGGCUCCUGGGUCAUCCCUGUUCCGUGGUCUGGGGGGCUUUGCCCCGUUUGGGGAGCCUGGUAUGCAGCUGGGGGGGGUUGAGCUUUAUCUGCAGUUUUGCUCGUGGGCACCAUCAAAGCCUGUCCCAGCUCACUCUCAGCAGGCACAUCCCUUCUCCAGACUUGGUGGUUGCACUUUUCCCCCAAUAAUUAAAUUUUUUUUCGUUGAUUUUUCCUUUCCUGCCAAAAAAAAAAAAAAAAAAGCAAAAAAAAUUUAAAAAAAAGUGAGGAAAAAUUAAAAAAAAAGCUGCUUGAAGUGACGUUUCAGUUUCAGCGCGGUGUUGAGCACUGUAA